AUGGCAAGCAGUGAAGAGGUCCCUGCGGCGACUCCAGAGGCCCUCGAGGGAGGAGAGGACCAGGAUAAGAAGGACAAACAACCUGGCGGUCCGACCCUGCCUCGCGAACGCAUUUCUACACACCAACAUCUCGGACAGGUCUUGGACUGGCGAGGCAACUACGGCUGGAUCAUGCCUAUGGAACCUAUUCGUCAUCCCAAGGCUUCUAUGAGGCAAGGGCGAAUCUUCAUCAGCCGGACUGACCUUGCCAAUGCAAAAGAUUUGAUGCCCGGUACCUUCGUGCAGUUCCAGAUCUUCGAGGACGAGCAGGGCUUGGGAGCAGAGAAGUGUUACGUUUGGAAAGGCCCACCGAAUUUCAUGUUCUUCAAGGGCAAGGGAAAGGGCAAAGGGAAAAAGGGCGAGAAGGGGCCCAAAGGUGAAGGUGGAAAGCCCGGCGAGGAGAGGAAGGACGGAAAGCAAAGUGAGGCACCGCUGGGCAAGGGACCCUCCCAGGGAGGUGCCAACAAAGGCGACUCCAAAGGCAAAGGUGGCAAGCCUGGUGGUCGAGGGCCCGGAGGUCCACCCAGUGGCCCCGGCGGUGCAGGACGAGGACCCGGAGGGCCAAAAGGCGACCGACCUAAAGGCGGCCGCAAGGGAAAAGGUGAUGACGGAAAGAGCGGUGGAGGCAUGCGACCGUCAAUGGGUGCCAACACCAAGGAAGGUAAGGGUGGCCCCGCACAGGGUCACCGUGGCACCUUACCAGCUUUCAAGCUUGGGCCCGUCGAAAACCUGAAGCCUUUAACUUCAAGUGAGGAGAAGACGCUGGAACAGGGAAAGCUGGUCCUUCGCCAGGAGGAAGACCCCACUCGAGGCAAAGGGCUGGCCAUUAGAGAUAUGGCCGCCACGCCAGACGAUGUGAUGGAAGAACUCUUGGAUUUCUCCACUUAUAAGAAGAAGGUCGCCAUGUGCUCCAGCAGCAUCGUGUAUGGACGGAAGAAGCUCCGCGGGGGCAAGGAGCAGAUCAAAGUCGAGAUGUCCUCCACGAUCAUUCCAGGCUUCUCUUUCCAUUGCUACUUCGACCACACUGCCGAUCGGAAAGGACAUUCCAUGAUAUGGUCCUUGGAUUAUGACCGACGCUCAGAUGUGGACGACAUCAAGGGAAUGUGGUAUGUGGAGCCACACCCGACAAAGGAGGGAUGGUCGCGAGUGUAUUACCAAAUCGACAUGCGUCUCAGGGUGGCGGCCGCGGCCCAGGCUUUGGAGGACGCGGUGACGGAGGCAAAGGCCGUGGUGGCAAACCGCAAAUGGGAGGAAUCGGAGGCGACCGCCCGGUUCCUGCUGCAGGUUCUCUGGGAGGUGCUCCUGGGGCACCAGCACAGGCAAACCGGCCCAGCCAACAGAUGCCUGCGAACCCGCAGCAACCGCAGGUCCCCCAGCCACAGAUUCAGCCACAGCUCGGCAUGGGCGCGGCAGCCUGCGAUCGAAACACUGCGGCUGCUCGCAAGGUGGCACAGGAGGUGCAUGGCUGUUCGUGGUGAUGGCGUUCAGCGCUCUCCGACUUUCUUCGUUGGUGCCGAGAAGCAGAAACGAGACUUAGAUGCCUUCCAGCGACGAGAGCAGCAACUGGCCGAAGCUUACCACAAGAACAAGCCUUUAUGUUUCAAUUCAUGUGCCUUCCAGAAGACACAUCCAGUCAAAGCGAAGUCUGGACACCGAGAUGCAGAUGCGACGUUAGUGUCCCCAAUGGUUGCCGCUUGCACGCACUGA